CUAAUAAGCGAGAAUGGGCGCGAACUCAACGAUCUGAGACAAGAGGUAUCGUCACUUAAACGCCAGCUGGAUGGUGCAGUGGAUAGCAUAAGGCGACUUGAGAGAAGAAUGGAAUCUUCAGAGCACAAUUUAGCGCUCAGGAACGUUGUUCUCUCAGACAUCGAGGAAUAUGUCCGACAGCAGCAAGUUUCCACGUACGACGGGACACUGCUUUGGAAAAUAUCGGAUUACGCUCGCCGAAGAAACGAUGCCAUCAGCGGAAACCAGACGUCUAUUUAUAGCCCGUGUUUUUACACCAGUCGCCACGGGUACAAAAUGUGCGCCCGUCUGUAUUUGAAUGGGGACGGCAUGGGCAAAGGAACACACUUGUCGCUGUUUUUUGUCGUCAUGCGCGGCGAGUUUGACGCGUUACUCCGCUGGCCAUUCAGACAGAAGGUCACCAUGAUGUUGUUGGAUCAAGACAAUGUGGAGCAUGUGAUCGAUGCGUUCAGACCCGAUCCAACCAGCUCGUCUUUCCAAAGGCCCAGGCGGGAGACAAACAUUGCAAGCGGGUGCCCCUUGUUUUGCCCACUGUCAGAGUUGAAUAAUCACGCCUACGUACGAGACGACACCAUGUUCUUAAAGAUUAUAGUGGAUACUCUGGAUCUCUAAACAUAUAACUAAGACAACCUG